AUGGUAGAGGAGGUGGAUUGUUUAAUCAAAGGACAGAAGCCGUUUUGGGGAAUCGUGUGCUCGCGCGCACACUCGGCGUCGACGCAUUUCGUUCGCUUCCUUCAUGGCCAGUUAAUGUUGACACAUCGAAGCCGCAAUUGGGAGCAAGAUUCGAACCGUGAAGUCAAAGUUGGGGAUCUAUUGCGAUUUAUCUGGAAGCCCCACUAUGAGUUGGAUGAAUGUGUGGGUGUCGUUGACACGUAUAUCAUCGUGCCGCCCGAGAAACAACCCUAUUUUCUGAGCGCUUCAUUGCAACCAAGUCAUUCGGGACAAAUUGUUUUGGUCUCUUGUGAACUCCGCUACGAAGGCAACGAUGGUAAAGUGGCUACAUUCGUCAAUGAACAUUUGGGAAGAGUCUUCGAUGAUCACAAGAAGAUUCAUGAGAAAGCACUCACUACGCAAGGAGUAUACCAAUGUCUCAUUACGCGAAGAUAUAUUCUAAUCUUGAUUGUUUCGAAUGGAUCUCAUCAUGGAUUUGCCGUACGCGUACCGCAUAGGGAGGAGCCACUAAUUUGGCCGACUGACAGCAUCAGCAAGCGUCCAAUCACUAUACACAAAGAAGUUCUGAGUGGCUUUCAUGAAAAGAAUCUUGGCCUCUUUGUCGAUUAUUGGCUAAUACCGGGAAGUCGCACAAUUGGAAGAAUGCAGGUGGCAACUUGUCAACCACCAACGAAGAAAGUCGGCGAUCGUUUCAUGAUUGCGCUUGACUGUUCUUACACUGGACAUAGAACAAGAGUCAACGACGUCGAUGUUCUUUCCUCCAGAAUGUAUCGCUGGAUUGAGGACAGGCAAGGCUUCGCCAAAGCGUUGAAUAUGAAGAAGGGAGAUAGCCAAUACUUCUGGUGCUACCUCGACACGAGUUCAACAAAUGCCGCGUAUCUUGAUUGGGUUGUGAUCGAUAUUUACGACGAGAAGGUCGAGGGAUCGUUUGUUGCGAACAGCGCACAAGCGUCGUGCUAUCCAAAGGACUUGAAAUACGUUGGAUCGCUGAACGAGUACGCGCUAAAAUCGGCUGAAAGCGAAACCGUUGAGCUUGAAGAAUUCGGAGGCAAUAAAUGGUAUGCGAGAGGCAUUGAUAAGCCUCAACAGAGCUACUCGCAGGAUUCGAUUCAAGCUAAAAAUCGCGUUAUCGAAAAAUGGAUUGAUGCUAAAGCCGCCACUUGGGAAACCAUUCACAAAGAACCAGGAUUCGGUGAAUCAUCGCCUCGUUAUGAAAAUACACGAUUUGAGGGUAAGUCCAACCAAGCUGGACACAAAUACUUCAACCACGAAAAUAACGCUCAACAUGAAAUCGGUGUGAGAGGUGCAACUGCCGAUAUGGAACUUCUCGAGAAUAUGAAACAGUUGCGAGCCAUUGUUCGCGAGAUCUUUCAAGAGGAUGAGGUUCGUGAAGCUGCUCGUCGAGUCAAUCCGAAUGCUUACGCAGAGCUCAUCGAGAAACUCGCCUUCGACAAU